AUGUUGAUUACAAAUAACAGUAACCAUUCACAUCAAAUUGUGAAUCUACCACAUUUAUUGUUAUUUCAAAUCAUAAAUAAUCUAGAGGAUACAUUGGAUCGUAUUUGUUUUAGUUUGAGCUACGGUUUGUUACAAUCACAAUUGAUUGGGGAUUUCAAAAAUUUUCAUUUGAGGUCCUACGCCAAUCAAUUGGAAAACUCUAAACAAUUAAAAGAAAACUGUACACUUUUCAUUGGUAAUAAAAAUGAAAUAAAUAUCAAUUUAGAAUAUGAUUAUAUAUCAACUUAUGAUGAAGUUAUACAAUCAAAAUAUAUAAUACCUAAAAAUAUAACUAAAGUAGUAUUCUCUGAGAAAUAUAAUAGAAGUGUAGAUGCUUUGAAAUCAAAGUUGGCAGAGUCAAAUGUUACGAGCUUGAAAUUUGGAGCGGAUUACAAUCAACCUUUUGCUCCGGGUUGCUUGCCAGAUAACAUCAAGGAGAUCGUUUUGUUCAGUGAAUUCAAUGAUUUAAAAUAUACUUCCAACAUCACUCCACACCAUUCACAAUAUGUCAUCGCUGUGGCUGCCUCACCUAAAGUCUCUGCCAAACAUCCGUAA